UUUUUUACAGAGCACGACAGAGACAGACCACUUGCGGUAGUGGCUGUGUGAGAAGAAAGAUGGUUCUUCAACAACAGGAGGAGGCGCCUUAGGCUUUCGCACCUACUACACCUCCAAGCAGCGGAUGAAAAUGAACCUUUUGCACGCAUCCGCAACGCGGUCCUCGUGGCGUGAGGAUUUCGGGCGGGCAUUGCACUACCCUUCCGCCUCGAUCGAAGGAAAUCCGCAUUGUUGGCAGUCUUUGGCUUCAUCGUCCAGCACUUCACCGAACUAUGGGUCAACAACAACUGGAUCUAGCAGGUUUUCACAGACUGUGACAACGAGUGUCGGUCUUCUUACCGACGGUCAUCCACGAACAGAGGAUGAACUAGACGGGCGAAGCUACUCUCGCCUACUAGGACCAAGGCGGAUGCCAUACCGUAGAAGGAAAGAAGAAACGAAAUCAACAUUACAUUGGGGUCAAAGAAAACUCUUCUUGGCAGAACUGGAGUUUCUCCUGGAUGUCUGCUUCCCCACUGAUGAGCACGGCAGCGGUGAAGGAGCAGUCAACGAUCAAAGAUAUGCUCCUGCUGUCGAUUCCGACCAACUUCUGGAAGCAGAAGGAAAUGAAGAUGUCUCACGCGCACGCCCUGUUUUGCUGCCAAACAUUAUCCUCCCGAGAUCUCCCGUGUUGCAGAAAAGACCAGCAAGCCAGAACAAAUUCGUUGUAUACUAUAUGGGCGCAGCGCCGGGCGUGCACUUGCCUGUCUUAGCGCGCUGGUUCGAGCGCAGUGUGCGCUUCGUGUUGUACGACCCUCGUGAUUUUCAUUUUCAACAGGAAAGACAAGCACAAGACCAAGCCGAAGAAGAAGGUUCAUCAAGGACGUCAUGGUGUGAGAACAUAGAGGUGCGGCAGCGCUUGUUUGAUCUCGAAGCAGAAAAAACCGUUCUAGAGCAAGACAGAGCCCGAUGGCCUGGUUCGCCGGUUUUACUCAUAUCCGACAUCCGUUCGGCAGACCCCCUUGAUUUCGGCAGUCCAGAGAGCUUUGAGAUGGAGGAUAGCCGCAGCAGUAGAGUGCCCACAGGCAGAGGAUUCUUUGACCGGCCGCAUGUUCAAAACAGGCCUGAGGACUGGGGUGAAAGCCAACAAAUGGAACACGAAGAGCGUCAGAACAUGAACAAGUACAAUAAAGUAGAUAAAGAACCGAAGAAAAAUUUCGACGAUUAUCUGCUUGAAGACCUACGUGCGCAAGAGUCUUGGGUAGCGGCUUUGCGACCCAGAUUGGCGAUGCUGAAACUCCGAUUUCCGUACUCCAAAGGUAGCUUAGAAUAUGUGGAUGGGGAAAUCAGACUGCCCAUUUUCGCACCUCAGACAUCCACAGAGUGUCGUCUUGUCACUCAUGCUGACGCGGGAAGGCGCGUUUACGACUUCGAGGAUUAUGGGGAACGCAUGUUUUGUUUUAAUACGGUAGAACGAGUCCGCGUCUACGAGAAUUUCUGCGAUCGCUUAACGGAACACGCCAAACAAGUGUGUGUUGGAGGUGCUCUCCUGUGCAACUCCGGGAAUCACCUGUGUCGUGAAGAGGAAAAUUAUGGGAUGGAAAGUUUUCGCCAGCAAGCAUUAAAACUUGGGAUGGACAAUUGCUACGACUGUACAACAGAAAAGCGGCUCUUGUGGAGAGUAAUUGCUGCUUUGGGCGUGCUGGAUAGUGCUUCGGGAAAGAAGCAUACAGUUUCUGAAAGUUCUUCUGCUUUGUCGAACAAGAAUAGUAAUGUCACCGUGCACGAAUUUGACGCGUUGUUGAGACUAUUCUGGCGAUUGCAUGGGGAAAUAACAGCAAGCUGUGGCGCUGCGUCUGGUAGGACCAUGCUAAGUGUGCUGACCUCCCCAAAUGAGGCACACACACGUGCUGCACAAAACAAAGCUUCUACUUCUCAGGGACCGAAAAGCAUCGCUGCAAGGUCCAGCAUAAACAAAAGAAAUCCACCGUGUGGUCAAACUGACCUUCGCAUCGUUAUGAAGAAAGGCGACGUGAAAAACCAAGAGGUCAAGAAAUCUUCAACAAAAACCAAGCGAGGCGGCCACGGUAGAAAUCUGAUUCGAAAUUUGCUCACCGCUGCUGCUACAAAGCAAACCACUACAAUCCAUGUCCCACAAGUUUAGACGACCUCAUUGUCUAAGUUCACCUCUCCUUUUCCCAAAUUUUCGAAAUCAAAGUAUUGAGACUGAAAAAUAUAAGUUGUAGGUGAUGACUGUGACCCUUACAACUAGUCCAAGAUUAUAACCAAACGUGACCGGCU